AUGGCACCCGCUCGUGAUGUGAUCGUUACAGGUCUUCUAUUAAUGCAUUUGGGUCAUCUAGCGGCCCGCCCAGAACCACCCAUACUUGGUCCCUCGUCUGGUUCACUCGACACCGGCAAUGGGCUCAGCACCAGUCCCGGUGGUUCACUCGGUUACAGCUACGGUCCACCGCCACCUUCACCCUCCAUCACCAUCAACAGCUACGGUUCGGCCACGUCCGAAUACGGACCACCGACGCAGGCCCCCAUCAUACACAAGCACGUGUACGUGCAUGUCCCACCACCCGAGCCGGAGUACGUCACGACCAGGAAACCGGUCGUCGUACCGCCGCCCCAAAAGCACUACAAAAUCGUGUUUAUAAAGGCACCGUCACCGCCGACGCCGGCACCACCGGUGCUGCCCCCGAUACAGCAGAACGAGGAGAAAACGCUCGUGUACGUGCUGGUGAAGAAGCAGGACGAGCCGGAAGAGAUCGUCAUACCGACGGUUGCGCCAACGCCACCCUCCAAACCGGAAGUCUACUUCAUACGCUACAAAACACAGCGUUCAUCGGCUGAGCAUGGGAGUAAUGGCGGUGGACCAUAUCCGGAGAGUGGCGGACCAACGCCACCCACCGAGUACGGUGCACCGCCAGUACCGAGCCAAAGCCCCAGCAACAGUUACGGUGUACCGCUAUAGGUACAUCCUGAGCGAGUAUCUCUACUGCAAGUAUCUUCAGCUUUACGGUUUGCGGACGU